AUGAUUCGUCUAGCAAAGGACCUAAACUCAGAGCCUGAGAGGAAGGAGAAUCUAAGACUUAGCCUGCUGGCUUCAGUUGUAUCAGCGGAACCCUCCCAGCCUCCCAACAGCAGCUGGCCCCCGAGUCAGAACGGGAGUGAAGCCCAGACCAGCCCGGCUGCCAGCCUCACCUUCUCCUCCUACUACCAGCACUCCUCUCCGGUGGCGGCCAUGUUCAUCGCGGCGUACGCGCUCAUCUUCCUCCUCUGCAUGGUGGGCAACGCCCUGGUCUGCUUCAUUGUGCUCAAGAACCGGCACAUGCGCACUGUCACCAACAUGUUCAUCCUCAACCUGGCCGUCAGCGACCUGCUGGUGGGCAUCUUCUGCAUGCCCACAACCCUUGUGGACAACCUUAUCACUGGUUGGCCUUUUGACAACGCCACAUGCAAGAUGAGCGGCUUGGUGCAGGGCAUGUCCGUGUCUGCGUCGGUUUUCACGCUGGUGGCCAUUGCUGUGGAAAGGUUCCGCUGCAUCGUGCACCCUUUCCGCGAGAAGCUGACCCUGCGGAAGGCGCUGCUCACGAUCGCGGUGAUCUGGGCGCUGGCGCUGCUCAUCAUGUGUCCCUCGGCGGUCACUCUGACGGUCACGCGAGAGGAGCACCACUUCAUGCUGGACGCUCGCAACCGCUCCUACCCGCUCUACUCGUGCUGGGAGGCCUGGCCGGAGAAGGGCAUGCGCAAGGUCUACACCGCCGUGCUCUUCGCGCACAUCUACCUGGCGCCGCUGGCGCUCAUCGUAGUGAUGUACGCGCGCAUCGCGCGCAAGCUGUGCCAAGCCCCCGGUCCAGCGCGCGACGCGGAGGAGGCGGUGGCCGAGGGUGGCCGCGCGUCGCGCCGCAGGGCCCGCGUGGUGCACAUGCUGGUCAUGGUGGCGCUCUUCUUUACCUUGUCCUGGCUGCCACUCUGGGUGCUGCUGCUGCUCAUCGACUACGGGGAGCUGAGCGAGCUGCAGCUGCACCUGCUGUCCGUCUACGCCUUCCCGCUGGCACACUGGCUGGCCUUCUUCCACAGCAGCGCCAACCCCAUCAUCUACGGCUACUUCAACGAGAACUUCCGCCGCGGCUUCCAGGCUGCCUUCCGUGCACAGCUCUGCUGGUCUCCCUGGGCCGCCCACAAGCAAGCCUACACCGAGCGGCCGGGCCGCCUCCUGCGCAGGCGGGUGGUGGUGGACGUGCAACCCAGCGACUCGGGCUUGCCUUCAGAGUCUGGCCCCAGCAGCGGGGUCCCAGGGCCUGGCCGGCUGCCACUGCGCAGUGGGCGUGUGGCCCACCAGGAUGGCCCGAGGGAAGGGCCUGGCUGCAGCCACAUGCCCCUCACCAUCCCAGCCUGGAACAUUUGACGUGGUCCAGAGACGGGGGAUCCAGUAAGGCCCUGAUCCUUAGCCAUGAUGCCCGGGCACAACAGCAGUAUUAGAAGAGGGUACCAAGAUGCCUCCUUGAUUUAAAAAAGAGAGAGAGAGACAGUAAGGCAUUGAGGCUCAGGGAGAGAUGACAAAGAUCUCACCUUUGGAAAUCCUACCUGACCCAGACUCCAGUGAGUCUCUAUGGUAUCCACAUUUCCAGUGGUCUCCCCAGGAAAAUGUGUCACUAGGUGGUUAGGAAGAGGUGACCUUUGUCUACACACUGAGCCCCUGUGACAGAGUGACGGAGACCCCUGUGCUGUGUUGCUGGGACAGUUCUCCUUGGCCCUUUCCUGGGAAAUGUCCAAGCUCUCUGCUUGCCAGCGCCAGUGUUUUGGUUUGUUUUAUUCCAGGAAGUGACCAGAGCCAUACCCACUUCAGCAAAUCACAGCUCUGAGCAGCUCCAAGAGGAACCCUGGGGAGCCCGUUUAGAUUGCAGGAGCUCUGGGUUGAGCCGAAGGGAAACUUCCCUCCCCUACUUCUGCCGUCCACAGCCAGGCAGAGCUUCCGGCAGUACCUAUGGCUCAGGGGUGGCAGGCAAGGGGGAAAGGAAGACAGCACAAUGGCCACUCUCUCCCUCUGGAAACAGGUUCCUGGGCCUGUGAGCAUGAACCUUUGUUCCAGCAUGUCUUCCUUGCUUACUGGGAAGGAGACAUGGGAUGUGGGGACGCCCCUGCACAACAAGCACAAACCCUUCCACUGUGUGUGGCUCACAAACCCUAAAGGCAGAGGGGAGCAGGAGAGCCUGCAUGCAUGCCAGCUCCCACCCAGCAUGUCUGCUGUCACCUUGACAGAUGCAUGAACUCCAGCUCUCAUUCAAGGUACACACGAUCACCGGGGUGGAGCAAAGCUUCUCUCCAGGAGGUGAGAAAAUGGCUUGCCCCUGCCGAUUUCUCCUGCAGCUUCAAUCAUGUGCGCUUAACCGGAUACCUUCUCACCUCCACUCCCACAGCUGCCAGAAAUUUUAGAGGAAUUAAAAAAUGGGAAAGAUUUCCAGGAUCCAGGGCUCCCAGCUCUUGCUGGCUUCUGAACACACUCCGACUGACUGGCCCUUUGCUGUUCCCAGGUCUGUCCUAAGCCGUGGCCACAGCGGUUGAAGAAACUGCCUCGCGGUUGGUUGUACACAUCCAAGCAUGUCUCUGAACACCCUCAUCUGACUCAUAAAAUGUUCUUGCCAUUUCACAAAGCGAACAAGGCCCAGUAGGGCCAGGGUCACAGGGCCACAGACAGCAGUGUUUGGAUCCUGCUUGCCCGUAUCCUGCCUUCCAGAGAAGGUGGGCAUGGCGGGGUGGAAAGCCGGAAACUUCCUGUCUAAUGAUGAAAAGGAUCGCCUUGGACCAAAUCUUAGUACUGGGGUGGGGGGAGGAAACCACCCCCAUUGUGUUGGUCUGGUGACUUCCGGCCAGAGCUGUUCUGAACUCUAUUCCUAAGUUGAUGAGGCUGCCAAGAUGCUGCUUGGUCUCCGAGGCUGGGGGUGAUCAGUGCCCACAGGCCAGAUGUAGUCUGAGCUGGCACUCUGCAAGGUCCUCAAUGUCGGUGCAGUAUCACACGCAUGACACAGUAGCCUGAGAACUGCUGGCUGUUUACUGGGAAGACUUGUGACUUCAGGCUCUAAAAAUAGGCCAGACCAAGGACUGUGUCAACCCUGUCCCUGUGA